UGUAGUGUUUUUUUUAGUGUUUUUUUUUUACCCAUACUGUGGCGAUUCAACGGGACCACUGGAAAGAAAACUUUCCAGAGAUUUUCACCAGAGAGGAAAGCAAAAGGAGCCAGGAUCAGGACAGGAAGGGGACCUGGAUGUGGAUCCACACCACACUCCAAGGAUGCUCUGAACUGUGCAACAUCUGCUGAAGGGUCCCCCUCAAUGCAGCUAUGGCCUCAGCGACUUCUAGCCAAGGACCCACCUCUCUGGGCUCGCAGGUUCAUGCUGCAGCUGUCAAUGGAGAUAGGAGCGCCCUCCUCAAACUCAUCACAGCAGAACCCUCUCUGCGGGACCGAGAGGACCAGUUUGGUCGGACCCCUUUGAUGUAUUGUGUGCUGGCUGACCGCCUGGAUUGUGCCGAGAUUCUGUUGAAGGCCGGGGCCUCGGUGAACAAGACCGACCACAGCCAGCGUACGGCUCUGCACCUUGCAGCACAGAAGGGGAAUUUGCGUUUCCUGAAGCUGCUGCUCUCCAGGCGUGCUAACUGGCUCCAGAAAGAUCUAGAGGAGAUGACGCCCCUCCACCUGGCCACCCGACACCCUUCCCAAAAAGCCCUCGCCCUCCUGCUCAAACACAUCGGACCCGGGGAGGUUGACACACAAGACAAGAACAAGCAAACUGCUCUCCACUGGUCAGCGUUUUAUAACCGGCCAGAACACGUGCGCCUCCUGAUCAAGCACGACUCCAACAUCGGCAUCCCAGACAGUGAGGGCAAGAUCCCACUGCACUGGGCAGCACAUAGUCAGGAGCCCAGCGCUACACAGACUGUCCGCUGCAUACUGGAGGCUGCUCCCACCGAGUCCUUGUUGAACUGGCAGGACUAUGAGGGGCGGACACCCUUGCACUUUGCUGUUGCCGAUGGAAACGAGGCAGUGGUGGAGGUGCUGACGUCUUACGAGGGCUGUAAUGUGACAGCUUAUGAUAACCUCUUCAGAACACCGCUGCACUGGGCGGCUCUGCUCGGCCAUGCCAGAAUCGUCCACCUGCUGCUGGAGAGAAACAUAUCAGGAACAAUCCCCUCAGAUAGCCAAGGGGCAACACCUCUGCACUACGGGGCUCAGAGCAACAACGCAGAGACAGUGGGUGUGUUUCUGUCACACCCGUCUGUGAAGGAUGAGCCUGAUCUGGAAGGGAGGACGGCCUUCAUGUGGGCUGCUGGAAAGGGUAGCGAUGAUGUCCUCCGCACCAUGCUGGACCUCACCCCUCACAUUGAUAUCAACAUGGCCGACAAGUAUGGAGGCACUGCACUCCAUGUGGCCUCCCUGUCAGGCCAUGUGAGCACAGUGAAGCUUCUGUUGGAGAGGGGGGCGAUGGUCGACUCUCUGGACGUGAUGAAGCACACGCCGCUGUUUCGCGCUUGUGAGAUGGGACACAGAGAUGUCAUACUCACACUCAUCAAAGGUUCUGCACAUGUGGAUCUGGUUGACGUGGAUGGUCACACGGCUCUGCACUGGGCAGCUUUGGGUGGGAAUGCUGAGGUCUGCCAGAUAUUGAUGGAGAAUGGGAUUAGUCCAAAUGUCCAGGACCAGGCAGGAAGGACUCCUCUACAGUGUGCAGCCUAUGGUGGCUACAUCACCUGCAUGGCUGUCCUCAUGGAGAACAAUGCUGAUUCAAACAUUCAGGACAAGGAGGGGCGCACGGCUCUCCACUGGUCAUGCAACAAUGGCUACUUGGAUGCUGUGAAACUCUUACUCGGCUACAACGCCUUCCCUAACCAUAUGGAGCACACUGAGGAGAGGUAUACCCCUCUGGACUACGCUCUGCUAGGGGGGCACAGCGAGGUUACUCAGUUCAUGCUGGAGCACGGUGCUUUAUCUAUAGCAGCCAUCCAGGACAUUGCUGCUGCCUCCAUCCAAGCCAUCUACAAGGGCUACACCGUCCGCAAGGCCUUCAGGGAGAGGAAGCAGCUCCUCAUGAGGCACGAGCAGCUGCGCAAGGAUGCAGCCAAGAAACGAGAGGAAGAACAGCGGAGGAGAGAAGCUGUGCAGCAGGUGUCUGCAGCUCCUCCAGAGAAACGGAGGGUCCCGUUGGUGAAAACAGAGCAGGAAAAGCUGUCAUUAGUGAACAUGAUGGGGGACUUAUCCAUGACGGACUCAGUGGUGGAAACCAAGAAUUUACCCAAGACCAAAGAUGAGCGACACAGAGCCCACAAGAGGAGAUCCUCCAAAAGAAGUCGAGCAGUGGAACCACAUGAAGCUCCUGAUGCUUCAAGCCAUCAAUGUGAGGUAACAGGUGAUACUGUCCCCAAUGCUCCCACCAGACUGAAGGAACUUCUCUCUCCAACGAGCUGCAGCCAGCCACCCACCCUUAAAUCAAGACCCCCCUCCAUGCCCAAAGUCAGGGACCAACCCUCUUCAAACACAUUCAUUCCUGUCUCUGUGACCUACCAAACUGACACUAUCUCACGAGAAUGCUUCCCUCUGAAAAGGAGGGACGCUCAUACGACUGGGCAGAUGACCCCUGCAAAGACUGAUGCCCACUCCUCUCCGCAUAAACACAGAAACCACAGGGAGCAGACUUCAGAAAAGGCUGCCACCAAAGACAGAACCCCAGCUCCCUCAUUAGGAAGCAGUUCAUCUUUAGACCACAAAAGCCCUUCCAGGAAUACUCAGUCGACCACACGUGCAAUUAUCUCAACACGCAUGCACCGGGAAUUCAACAAAGAGCAUCGCAGAGCGAGGGACAAGGCCGCACGCAUCAUCCAGAGAGCCUGGCGCAGGUACCACGCAGGCAGACGGAGAGAGGCAAGGAGGCACAGAGAGGUGGAGUCAAGUGAGACAAACCAUGCCCAAAACAGGAAGAAGUUAGAAAUACGGCAUCAAACCACCAAAGUGGCGGCCAGUAAGACCUCAGUGCUACAAAGUAUCUACGGCAACUCUACGGCCAGACGAGGGCGUUCACUUCGGGGCUCUCAGUCUCAGCAGCUCCUGGACCUUCCUUUACGCACACAGAGCCAAUUGAGCAGUAUAGACUGUGUGCAUCUGAUUGACGCGGUGAAUCAGGCCAGGCAGUACUCCUACCACCUAAGACCACAGAGCGCCGGUCAGGGGACCAGAGGCCGAGGGAAACAUUGAAGCCACUAACACACACACACACACACACACACACACUAUAAAACACCCUUCAUGUUCUUUGAUGUUUUCUCAGCUGGCUGGCGGCCCUACCUCUAUAGAACUACUACACCCAUUGUUCUCUCAAUGUGCCAAGCUUUCUAAAAUUAAGCCAUAUGACAUCAGAGUCAUGACCUCACAGGGUGGGGUUAAGUCUACAGAAAUGUUGUGUGUAAAAGAUAACCUUUCAUCCAUUGUGGAAGGAACACAUACACACGCCAAUCCCGCUCGUUCUCCGUUGCUCUCGCACACACACUGAGAUAACCUUUCCCCCUGUUGUGGAGAAUGAGGCGGUCUAUCAACAGCCGGUCAUACAGAUAGCCCACCUGCAGCUCUGACUCUCACACACACACACACACACACACACAGUCUAGUCUAUAUUGCUUUUGCUUAUAACUACAAAGUUUGAAUUCACAUUGAUAUGCUUUUGUACACAAAAAAUAUUUUUUGUGUCAUUUAGAUAUAUACCUCAAUGUCUUUUUUUAUUAUAUAAUAAAAAAAUAAAAAUGAUACAAAAGGC